GGCGAGUCGGAGAAUGGGAUUAUACCAGUCUUGCACCGUUUGAAAGCCAGGUGGAUCUGUUUUAGACUAGUGGGUCAAGCUCUUUUUACUCGGAGGUCAGCCGAGUCUUUCACAAAAGAUAUAAAGUUUCGACUUACUGUAUACGCGUGCGGUUGUACGGAGACAGCAGGCACAAUCGGAUAUUUUAGAGGAUGACAUCUGAUAUCAUUGAAGGUCUGCGUGUCAAGGAAACAUGUAGGUGUGUAGACAAUGGUGAUUUCACGGACCAAGAAGAUGUGCUCACAGAUGCGACAAAAAGAAUGAGUCGCCAUCGUAACGAAAUAUGGAGAACCAAACGCUUGAGAAGGAGGCAGUCUCCACUCUUAUCACCAAGUGCGCUACUGGGACUCAGUUUGCUGCUAACUCCAUCCGUUGCCGAAGGAUGGAAACACGCGCUCUUGUCUCCGGAGGCGAAGUCAAGUGUUUCCGCUGAGCCGUGGAACGUUUGGCGAGGAGGUUCUUUGGAGAGCGAAGGCAAUGGGAGCGACGAGAAUAGUGAGCCGGCUACAAGUGGUAUGAAAAUGGAGGCGAGCUGUGAACCACCUGGACCGUUGGCUCCGUCGCCUCCAUUGGCCGCUUUGGGAACAAAGAGUUGUGCUACAACCAAAGCAUCCAGGCAAACGUCAGAAUUUUUAGAAGAUCUCAUACGCCGAUCAGGCGUAGACGAAAGGACCGAAUCUUGCAAUCUACGACAUUUGAUCUCGAAUCGAAAAAUGACUUACCUGGAAAAACUUUACGCGGAAGAUUCCGACAGCACCCAAACCCCCCACACGCCCAAUAGAGCCAUACUGCAGUAUCUGGCACCCAAAAUUCCAGCCAUCAAGCAUUCACCCGAAAUUUCCUUACGGAUUCAGUCGGCUCGAUCGGACGUGGAUGCUGGAGUCGCGGCGGCUUUGAUCGGAACAUUGGCGCAUGCACAGGAAUUGUACGAACGCCACCUUGGCAGUCGCCGAGUCGCCAGCGAGAAAGAGGAGCCAUACGGACCUGCUGGGAGAAGUCCGAAGCGAGUAGAUACGUUUCAUGGCGAAAAAUUAGAGCUAAUCAAAGAUCGUCGUUUCGAACAGCUCGUCGAAUGCAUUCUCUGUGGAGUCGACGUCAAGAUGCGAAUGGCAGAACACGCAAGAUUGAACAAUGAUCGCAAAACUGGAAUUCACGAUAUUGAAGAAGUUCUCGAUCGCGCCGACUCGACUCCAGCCUACACAGAAGGACUAACAAUUCGAGAUUCAUGUCGAGCGGCAUGGGGACUUGCCGUUCUCGGAGUGCAUUGUCUGGGUACUAUUGGGGGCGAAAGGGUGUUGCACAUUUUGACAGCGCUGUCCUUGCGGAUACGAGAACUGCUACUGGCACGGCUACAACUUUUGCGACAAGAUGACUUGUACUCGGAUUUUGGACGCGAAAUGUCGAAUCUGUCGCUGAAAGAGCGGCUAAUGCAACGAUCAGAGGAGAUCGCUGAGGAUGCCGCUACUGUAAUGUGGACGUUUGCCUGUGUCCGAGUUUGUACGGGACUACGAACCGUUCCACUGUUCGAAGCAUGCUGCUUAGUUCUAUGUCAAGACCCUUUUGCCUUGCGGCGGCGUGCACAAGACGUAGAACUGAUGUCGGAAAAGAGCAACGUAGGAAUUAACGAUGUCGUGGAACUCUUGGAGAAGUCGGAGACGCAUGGUACAGAGGACGAAUCGGAAUCAGAGUCUUCUCAAAGCGAGGCAAGGGGCACUCUAGUAAACUGGUUGUCUCCGAAAGAAGUCAUUGACAUUCUUUGGGCCCUGGCGCUGCAUGAUAGCAAAGAAAAGGAUGAGGCUGCACUUUCGGUAACAGCUGCAGGCCUAUGUGAAAUUGCCUUCGACAAAAUGGUACAGCUUCUCGAAUCGGAGCUGCUUUCAUUGCGAGUCUGCAGCUACGAGAAGCUUACGGUUGAAGUCGCGGACGCCUCCAGCAUUCUUGCAUCGGAAUCUUCUGCCAGUUCGUUAGAGAGUAUAACAAUUACGAGCCCAGAGAAAACAGAAUCUAUCCGAGACGUCGAUGUUAUGGACGCUACCGCAAUUCUCAGCUCUGUCGAACACCAUGACGAAGAGGUCGCGAGAGGACUUUUAACCACAAUAGAGACAGAGACUAUGGCUGUCGAGUCACUGAAUGGGCAUGGUGGUACGGAAGAACUUCACGUCGUAAAUGCGGCUACUCUUCUGGCAACGUCGCCUCGGUCGGAAAGAGAAGGCCUGGAAAACGCGUCCUCGGAUGAGAGUCUACCACUACGGGCCUCAUCACAAUCGGACAUACCAUUCGAUCAGGAGGAAAACCCUCAAAAGCCGAAUGUGGGUUUACCCGAUUUUGGAGACAGGGACACAUCGUCGACUGACAUCCUGCUAGCAUCACACGAACAUCCAAGCAGGCUCGCUAGACUCCAGACAUUCACGCCUCACGACUUGUGCUCUUUAGCAUGGGCGGCAACGGAGCUCCGCGAUUCUUUGAGGCCCUACGUGACAAAGAUGGUAAUGGAAAUCUUCAUGAGUCUCGGAUCCAAUUCCGUGAUGCAGUUGGAUGGAAGCGACCUGACAAAUUUGGUGUGGGCAGUAGCAAAAGGACACGUCUCAGAUGAAGACGAGACUGUUCUGAUAGAGUUUGCUGACCAAGUUGCGCAGCGAUCCCUCAAGCUUAUCCAUGAAAGCGAGACUCAGACCGAAAACUGGGGUCACUAUGGAGCUUCCGCUUUGAUUCACUUCCAUCCUCCAGAACUUAGUCGUUUGCUAUGGUCUAUAACGUCCAUUUAUGCAUCCUCCCGUCAUUGCGGAGAUCGAUUGGAAAGCUUCGAACGACUCGCCACCAUCUCCCUCGUAGUAGCCAGUUCGCAGAUUGAAGCAUUCGGAACUGAGGACUUGGCUAGGAUUGCUUGGUCAUUUCUAGAGUUGAGCGAUGUAAAGGUAUCACUUGGCUGUCCUCGGAUUGCUCAUGCUCUCGGACUAAUCUUGUCCACCGUUGAGGCAUCACUCAUUUUCUGGGAAAGCGGAACGACGACUUCACUUCGAAACCCUGAGUCUGAGAACGCAACCGUGAAGGAGUCUAUUCGCUUCGCUUCUGUCUUUGGAAGAACGCGCUUUCAUUUCCCGUUACUUGAUCACAAAAUGGACGAGGGCUUGGAAAAUCAUGUAGAUUCAGCAACACAUACACUUUCUGAAAAGUCUAAAUUACCUCUUCUUCGUGAAAUACCCACGGACCCUUCUACUUUGACGAAGCUCGCCUGUAGCUUCACCAAACUGUCGGUGGAACGACCAAGCGUCGAUGCAAUGGUGACAUUGAAUAGAGUUGCGCUACGACUCCUCUCAUCAAGAGGAGGCAGGUUAAUCAGAGAUUGUCCGAGCGAGGAUAUUAUUCGGUUAUGCGAGGCAAUUGCGAUUUCCAAGGACUCCGCUAGCAAUAGAGAAGUUGUGAGCUCAUUUGUAAGGCGUCUGCUAAAGUUACUGAACGACGAAGGAUUUGAUGGCAAGAGCAGUUUGUUUUCGGAUGGAAGACCUAGAGACGUUGCAAGACUAGUUUGGUCAUUAGGUGAGCUUGGAGUCAAGCAUGCACCCAAUGCGGACGACCCUUCGACAGCUUACAGACGGCUACAGCUCACUGCAGACAGACCAUUUGUCCUGGGCGAUCGAGUACAGGAGCUUUUCAAUUCCGAUUUAGUGAAACUCAUCAACGGCCUAUCGCUUCUAAACGUUGCUUCAACGAACACCGAAUACUUCACUCGAGUUCUUUAUCAGAUGAGGGAAAGAAUAUCUUCCAUUGACGACGUAGAAGAUAUCUGUAUGCUCGCCGAAUCCAUUGGCUCGAUUGAAUCCUAUCUACACACAAUCCACGUCAGGGACGACGAUGAUAGUCCUUCCAAAAUGACGCCGACAGGCUCUGAUUACAAAAGGAUCGAUGGCUGCAACGACAUGGUCAAGAACAAUGCGGAAAGCGAAGAUAUUGUCGAGAAGGAGACCGCCAAAGAUGUGACGUCCGCUGCAGCCCAAAACAAGGCUGUCGACGCAUCAGGUGUGUCAGGUUUGCUCGAGGCAUGCGACGACCUCUUCACUGCACUGGCAAACAAGUGCUCAUUGCUUGCGGGUAUCAUGAAACCGAAAGAAGUUCGUAGGAUAUUAGUAGUAUGCAGUAUGACCCCGAUACGCGCUGAUGGCCUAAUCGAUAUAAUUGCUUCUGAAAUUCAAAAUCGAAAAGAAAAGCUACAAUGUGCGCAGGAAAUCCAGAACGGAAAAAAUCUUCUCUCAGAAGCUGUCGCCAAUGCGAAGUCAGCGCAAAGUUUAUUGUGUGGCUCUAACAAAGAAGAUAGUACGUUUAAGGCAAUCCGCAAAGGGCUACGAUCUUUUUUUCGCUCAUCAGAAGACGCUGACGAAAUACCAAACACGGAGACAAUCGACAUGGACGUUCUGGAAAUCGACGAAACUGAAAAGCUUCAAAUAGCGCUCGAGGCUGCUCUGAGAUCCAUCAUUGACCUUGGGGAUUACGCUGACCAUGUUGAAUCUUCGUGUUGUGUUACGAUACUAGAUAUCCAGCACCAACUGGAGGAAGGAACGCUUUUCGACCUAGGUCGCUGCGAAGAACUAAUCAACCUGUACCGACGGAUCGACUUUCACGAAAGCAUACGAUUGAGUCGUUUCGACGACGACCGCCGCACGGAGAUGGCGAAAGGAGUUUUGACGAGAUUGCUUCCGUAG